CUCAAACAGGAGCCAGCAGCUCACAUUAAUAGAAACCUUUCAUGUGAUCCACCGCAAGGUUAGAACACACUCACACAAAACAAAUAGGGGUCCUGUGAACUGAAGAAUAUGAAGGACAGACCUGUAGAAACAGGAACAAGACUCUCCCACACGUGUACCAUGUCCAUGGGCAAUCGUCCACUCUUGUAAGUGUGUUUGUUACGCUCUGUCUGGCUCUACACAAUGGGGAAUGAAAGCAGUUCAGUGGAGAAUCGGACGACUCCAUCUCCAGUCUCCUGCCCCUCUGCUGAUUCAGGUCAGCCCCCCAGCCUCACCCUACCUCUAGAAGGGAAAGGGAGUGAAGGAAGCCCCCCGGGAGCAGGAAAGCAGAGCCCCCAGGCAGGGGAGCAGGAGGAGAGACAUCCACAAGAAGAGCAGGACACCAGCAGCAGGAGUGCUAGUGCUCAGGACAUACCUCCUGAGGGAAAAGCACAGGCUGAGCACUGCUCUACACAAACUGCAGAGACUGAGAGUAGUAAGAGGUGCUGGGACGGUGAGCCCCUCUCGCCAGGUGCACACAGCACAGGUAAUCCCCUCUUAGAUGGACUGGAGCUCUCUGCAGGUGUGAGAUACCAGGCUUUGAGCAGAAGCAGCACCAUCAUGGACAAGACUGGACUCCUAUCCCAUCAUUCUUUUGCCAGUGAAAAUCCAUUCUCACCAUCUCUGUUAGCAGCUACUGAAUUACAAGAAUGCGAAGCACAAGUGGAAUUCCCCCUUCUACUCACUGCCCCAAAUCCUGCUGUAGCAAGCGAGAUUGACAAAUGUCUGUUAGUGCCACUGCUGGAGGACUCUGAUGAGAAGAAACCUGUAGAUAUGAGAGAUAUGGAAAAUAGUGGCACACAAAACACAGUGAGUGAAGCCGUUAACAAUGAAAAAUACACUUUCUCCAGCUUCAGAGAAUAUUUAAAUGGGGAGGAAAGCAUGCCGGUUGAAAAAGAGAUAAACAGAGAAGAGUCUGCAAAUGGAAUAACAGGGUCUGGCCUGAUCGACAGUGGGUUGGCUGAAGUAAACUCCCUAGCUGCAGAAUCAUUUGGUUGCUGUGGACAGCUGAGCAGACAAGGAGAGCCAAACAUCUGCUCGUCCCUCCAGAGUGUGGAGUGUGGAGAUCAUCUUAUGGCCCCAGAGAUGCUGCUUGGCCCGGAGCUGGCAAUACUGGGACACAGGGAACAGGGAUCAAUGCACAAAGGCACAGAUGGCUCAGUCAUCCUAAUAGUGGGAGAUGAAACCCGAAACUCAAAUUAUCUUGCCACAGGGGACUCAGAAAAUAACCAAUAUGUAUCAGUUGCAUCUGCCAAGGUCCUGGUCAAUGAGUCUCAGGUCAGAGAUCAUCUUAGUAAUGUGGCAGUUACUGGUGACAAACUGAAAAGUGAUUUGCCCAAAUCAAACUUGUUGGAAGAGGUGGCAGAAGACAAGGUUUCUACUAUUUUGUUGUCAGUGGCAACUCCUGAAAUGGCAGAGACAGUGAAGGACGGUGAAUCUUUAUUAGUCUUAUCUUGGGAAAGCGAAAAACAGGAUUCUGCUGAAACUAAAACAGAAGAAAAAACAAGUGAAGAUACCACGCACAGCGCUGGAGAAAUGGAGAAAGCUAUAACACCUUUAGAACUCAGGUCAAGCUCUGAACUUUCUGCACAGGGACAACUUGGCAUUUUUGAGAGUGAAUUGCCAGAAACUAUUAAUACAGAUGAUAAAACCAGCUUACAGAAGGAUAUCUUUCCGGAAAAUGCUUCAUGCCAAGAGAAAGUAGACUACAUGUCAAGCAGCUUGAAAUCUCAUAAAGAAGGAUAUGUAUCUAAAGAACUUGUGCAGCCCUUAAGCAAUCAUAUUAAACAUCCAGAAGUCAGCAAAAAUGAAAAGCAGCGAGAAAGUGAUGCAGGCAGUGUUGUGCACCAGGAAGAGGAGACAGAACUGACAAGUGGAGACCAUGAGAAGGCACUUAGAGAAAACAAAGAACAUUCAGUAGACUUCACUCAUGAAAGUGAUAAUGUCAGCCCUCGGGGUAAUACUGACCUCCGGGAUGACCCCAGCAAAGACUGUCAUACAGUUUUAAACAUUUCCUCUAAAGGAAGGGCAAGUUUCCAACAUAGUGCUGACAAUUUGAGCCUACAGAGCACAGCCAAACUUGGAGUAAGCUCACAGCUCCUUAAUGAUUCUGCACAACCUCUUGGGAGCUACCCUGAAAUCAGCUCUGAUCCUGAAAAAAAAGAAAUAUCUCAAAGUAACAAAGAAAAAACUAAACCAUUAGAUAGAGAAACAACAGUAGAACAGCUAGCAUCAAGUCUGGGGCUACAAGAGGAUAUUUUAUGCUCACUGGGCCCUGAUAGUGCUAUACAUGUGGAAAGUAAUCUAAGUAAGAAUGGCAGUGAUACAGAAACUGUUUGUAAAAGCAGCAAAAAUAAGCCUACAGAGACCAGUGUAAACAGCAAUAACUUAGGAAAUGCUGCAUGUGUAGAGGUUUUGGAAAGCACACCCCUUCUUCAAUACCAAGCUUGGCAACAAGAAAAUAGUUUCCCUAAAACUGAAAUUGAGCCUCAAGAAGAACCCUCUUGUAAAUCGGAUACAGAGAAGGAAGACAGAACAGUUUCAUGUGAAAGUGAAUUGUCUUCCCUGUCGUAUUUUGGAUUAGCUUGCACUUCUGAUCCAUUGGACGACCCUGGCAAGGAAGGUUAUAGAGUUUUAAACAUUUUCUCUGAAGGAAGGGCACAGGACAGUGGUGAUGGUUCACAGAGCACAACCGAGCCGGUACACUUUAAUCUGUUAGAGUUAAGUUAUGGCAACAAGGGAACCUGCUACCCUGAGGAAAACGCACACCAGGACCUGGUAAAUCAAACUGAGCCCAAUGCAGUGACAGAGAAUGUGGAAUGUCAGCUGGCUGCAGAAUUUCCUUGCACAGCUGCUGUAGGAAGUGAGGCUUCAGACCUUCAGAGCAACAUUCCAAUAUGUCAAAACCUACGUGAAAAUGCUGCUCUAAAUUCACAGGACAGAGUUUUGGGAAACAUUUCAGUUUCAGAAACAGUGGAAUGUGAGCACAUUUCAGAAAGAAACAUGCAAGGACUUGCGUCCUACUGGGGCAGUAUAACCCUGCAGCUAGAGUCAGGCCAAGUGGAAACGGGAGAGUCACAGCAACAGGGAGAUAACACCCAAGCCAAAUAUAUGAAGCCAGAUUCUGUGAGUGUUGCAGCUGUUGCUGUGCUUCCUUUGGUGACUGCCCUUGUAAUAAAGGAGCAGUGUGGUCUAAUUACUGACAAUGAGCCUGAGUGUACCAACAACAAGGACUUAAAAAGUACUGUUGAGGGAAGCUUGCAGAGUAGCAUUACAGAGAGUGCAAAGAGCCCUGUUAUCUUCCAUAGUUCAUUGACGUCACCUUGUCUUGCAGAUUCUGCACAGAAUCCAAUAUAUCCAGAUAGGGAAACUAACAACAACAAUCCAGAAUUACAUACAAUCGAAAAUGAUGUGUCUGAAUCAAUUGCAAUAAAAGGAAACAAUUUAGAAAUGUGUGAAAGUAAUGAUCAAGAAUCAUAUGAAAAAGAUACAAGAGAAGAGAAAUAUAAUGAACUUCCUAAGAACAGUGACUUGCUUUUAGCAGUCCAAAAGGAUGCUUUAUCCCUGGAAGAGCUCAAACAAAUGGUUUUGGACAAAGACUUGUGUGAAGUUAUUCAGAACAGUCAAGGGCGUAGUAUAACAGGGAGUGUUGCAUUUCCAAAUCCAGAUGUCACCACAAAUCAACCAAUGCUUUCAUCUGAGAGUUUGUUACAAAUGAAAAGCAACUGUUUGACUGCAGGAGUGCAUGCAGAUGAGGUUGCAGAAAACGUAUGCAGGGACUAUCAAAAAAUAGAACUAACACAGAACAAUGAACUGCAGGACAGUUUGACAGCAGUUUGCAACAAUGCAGUUGAACAGAAUGAAAGAACAAUAAAGAUCUGUGGAGGUGAUUUAAAUGAAACACAGUGCACGAUUGCACAUGCAGCCACACAGGAACACAUUGAACUAAUGACAAGGAAUUUAUUAGGAUUGAAUCGUGAUAAUGGGCAUCAUGAAACCGAGGAAAAUGUGCAUGAACUCACGUCAAGCAGCACUGAAACAGAACUAACAGCUCCAUAUUUAAGUGCUGCUCAGCCUCCUAAAUUGUCCAUAGAUGACAAACAAUUGAGUGAAACCAUUGACAGUAUUAGAGACACUUUCAGGAUUGAAUUACCACAACAGCAUCUUAAUGAUAAAUCACAGCAUAAUGAUACAGAGAGGGCAUUGUCUCCAGACGCUGCUUCCAGAUCACAAAGCAUGCCUUACCCUAUGAUUUCUAACAAGCCAUUAGAGUUUGCAAGCCACACAGACAGCCACACUUUGUCAGCUUGUGAAGAUUAUACAAUUGUGUCAGAAACCAGAAAAGAUCAUAUAAUAGGAACCACAUCCUGUAUAAUUCUACCAGAUAAUACAUCCGGUGUUAAAAGCCUGUUGCAACUGAGCUCCACGUUAGACCUUUUGUCUGACUGCAACACAAAACAUCCUGACAGUAAAGACAUGCCAGGGACUGUCUAUGAAGCUACAACGCCUGUAUGCAAAGAUAGCUCUGGAAACACUGACAGCUCACAGGGAAACCCACCGGAAGCUGGACUAUGUCCGGUGAUAUCAGCUGGAGUCCCCAAACUGGAAAAGAAUGCAUUACACAGCAAAAGCUUGCAUCAAGAAGAGAAAUGUGAAAGGAUUUCAGUAAUAGAAGAAAAACAGAUUCAGAGUGCAAGUGAAUUAUUCACAGUGUCUCCUGCCCUUGCUCCAGAUGUUCUUUCUGACACACUGCAGAGUAUUACACGUCUUUGCAACCUCACAGCUAUACGCACCACUGAUGAAUCAAUUAAACCUUUUGAAGUCAGCAACGAAGAAAAUAAAUCUAUAUAUAGUGAAAAAACACCAAAACAGUUAGCAUCAAGUGUGGGGCUACAAGAGGAUCAUUUAUAUUCACUGGACCCUGAUACAACUAUACAUGUAGAAAAUAAUCUAAGUGAGAAAUGCAAUGAUACUGAAACUGUUUGUAGAAACAGCAAAAAUGAAACCAGAGCAAACAGCAAUAACUUAGGAAGUACUGCAUGUGUGGAAGUUUUGGAGAGUGCAUCACCUCUACAAAACCAAGCUCUGCAACAAGAAAAAAGUUUUCCUAAUACUGAAACUGAGCCUCAAAAAGCACUCUCUUGUAAAUCGGAUAUAGAAAACAAAGACAGACCAGUUCCAAGUGAAAGUGAAUUCACUUCCCUGUCGGAUCUUGGAUUAGCUUGCCCUGACCUUUGUGAGAGGGCAGUGCCAGGAGACAGGUCAGGGUUUAGCAAGCCGGGACACAUCUGUGCAAACGAAAAACCGCUCGCUGUAUGUGCAGAUAUUGCCCACAAAGGAGACUGUGUUUUGGAAUCUAAACCCUACUUUGUGUCGAGAGAGACUAUUUCAGAUUCUCAACUUCUUGCUGAAACCUCUGAACGGCAGGAGAAUCCAUUGGAAUUAAGUUAUGAUACAAAGGACAAGGAAAGCAAAAAAGCAUGUGAACCAAGCAAGUUAGAGAACAUUUGUGCAGAAAGCUUGAGCCAGAUAAAGUGGGGUGUUUCACCUCCAGAGAUAUCAGGGGAUUUGCAAGCCGUACAAGAUUCAUCUGAGGCAUUUCAACAGCAAGAGAAUUUACUGGAGCUCAGAUAUGACGAUCUGGGGAGGAACACUUGGUCAGGGGAAGCUAAUGAACCAAUGAGUUCCAGUCCUCAUACUGACAGUAUGAACUUGGGAACCCCACAAAUGCAAUAUGGUCUUCAAAAUGCAGAAGACAAGGAAACCCUUAGUCUGAGUUAUAGCUAUGAAAAGCAGCAUGAUUCAAGCAGUGUACCUGCAAGCAGUGCUCACCCCUGCCCUGCCCCAUUGUGUGAUAAUGAGGAACCCAGUCCACUGGCAGAAGCAAUAAAACAUGUUUCUGUCUUAGAUGAGCCAUAUCACUUAACAGAUUUAAUGGUACCUAGUGGACUAGAGCUGGUUUGUUCAAAGGGAAUUGAAUUAAAUGACUGUGGAGAAAAUGAGAAUAACCUUGCUUCAGAACUCCACACCCCUGAGUCAGUUAUGCUAGGCCCAGGGAGUUGUGAUGUACCCAAUACAGAGGAAUAUUUAGUGUCAACCACUGAUAUCAAACAGCCUGACAGCAGUGCAACUGAACAGGUGACUGAUAGGCCUGACAAUACUGGCGACUUACAGGGGGGAACUUUGGAAGUGACAGGGGGCCCGAUAAAACAAACAGAAGAUGCUGAGAAUUUGAAGCCUUACAUAAACCAUGUAGGUUCUCAACAUGAAAAUAGCAAAGUGGAUGUAAGCAAUUACAGUUAUGCUGCAAAAGCAUGGAAAAACAAACCAGAUGUGGAAGAAAGGCUGCAACUAAUUUCAAAAGCAAACAAAUUAGUUUCUUUUUCUGAACCUCUUGAUGCAAGCUCUGCACUAAGGCGGGAUGAGAAACAACCUGGGGAGCCGGAGUGUUUGCAAGGAAAUGAGCACUUAGCACAGGCCUGUGAAGAAGGACAUGGCGAGUUGGGAGAAAGCAUAUUACCAAACAGUGAAAACAGAGGAGGCUUGGAGUUGGGAGACAGUUUGAAUUCACAGCCUGUUACAGUUCAGCGUAUGCCUCAGUUGAGCCUCUCAGAGUUCAGCUGUGAUACCGCAGUUGGUUUUGAAACUGUUAAAAACAAUAGCAUAUUGCCUGAAUCAUCACAGAUGGUACCUUGUCUUCUAGAAAAAGAGACCAUCUCAUCUUAUAACAGUGAGCAAGAUGCGCCAAUCAUGGAGAUGACAGAUGUAUUGAAAAUAGUUAAUGAUUCCAUAGAGUUACAAGAUCAAACACAGGCCAGAGAAAAUAUCAAUCUGUGUCAUGACAGCCAAAAAGUGACUGCAACUAAAUCAGAAUCAAAUGUUGAAAAAGAUGUUUACAGUCAAAUUGACAGAGGCUUUAAACUUGACCCGGCGAUGCUUACUCCAGCAUCAAGCAUGAAUGUAUCUUCUGACAUCAGUGAAGAACAACAAAGCACAACUACAGAAAAUGUGCCUAACCUACAGACAAAUAUACCUGAAACCAUAGCAAAUUCCAUAACAAAGGAUGUGGUACCAAGUGAAGCAGCUGAUCCACAGGAAACUGUACUGGGUCUUAUCAUUAGCAAGCAGGAGGAACUGAUCCUGGAACGUGACAGUACUUGUGAAGGAGAUCUAAUCGUUAGCAAGCAGGAGGAACUGAUCCUGGAACAUGAGACUGCAUGUGAAGGAGAUCUAAUCAUUAGCAAGCAGGAGGAACAGAUCCUGGAACAUGAGACUGCAUGUGAAGGAGAUCUUAUCAUUAGUAAGCAGGAGGAACUGAUCCUGGAACAUGAGACUGCAUGUGAAGGAGAUCUUAUCAUUAGCAAGCAGGAGGAACUGAUCCUGGAACAUGAGACUGCAUGUGAAGGAGAUCUUAUCAUUAGCAAGGAAGAAGAACUGAUCCUGGAACAUGAAACUACAUGUGAAGGAGCUCUAAUCAUUAACAAGCAGGAGGAACUGAUUCUGGAACAUGAAACUAUGUGUGAAGGAGAUCUUAUCAUUAGCAAGCAGGAGGAACUGAUUCUGGAACAUGAAACUACGUGUGAAGGAGCUCUAAUCAUUAGCAAGCAGGAGGAACUGAUUCUGGAACAUGAGACUGCAUGUGAAGGAGAUCUAAUCAUUAGCAAGCAGGAGGAACUGAUUCUGGAACAUGAAACUACGUGUGAAGGAGAUCUUAUCAUUAGCAAGGAAGAAGAACUGAUCCUGGAACAUGAAACUACAUGUGAAGGAGCUCUAAUCAUUAGCAAGCAGGAGGAACUGAUCCUGGAACAUGAGACUGCAUGUGAAGGAGAUCUUAUCAUUAGGAAGCAGGAGGAACUGAUCCUAAAACAUGAGACUGCAUGUGAAGGAGAUCUUAUCAUUAGCAAGCAGGAGGAACAUGAGACUGCAUGUGAAGGAGCUCUAAUCAUUAGCAAGCAGGAGGAACUGAUUCUGGAACAUGAGACUGCAUGUGAAGGAGCUGUAAUCAUUAGCAAGCAGGAGGAACUGAUUCUGGAACAUGAGACUGCAUGUGAAGGAGAUCUUAUCAUUAGCAAGCAGGAGGAACAUGAGACUGCAUGUGAAGGAGAUCUUAUCAUUAGCAAGCAGGAGGAACUGAUCCUGGAACAUGAGACUGCAUGUGAAGGAGAUCUUAUCAUUAGCAAGGAAGAAGAACUGAUCCUGGAACAUGAAACUACAUGUGAAGGAGCUCUAAUCAUUAGCAAGCAGGAGGAACUGAUCCUGGAACAUGAGACUGCAUGUGAAGGAGAUCUUAUCAUUAGGAAGCAGGAGGAACUGAUCCUAAAACAUGAGACUGCAUGUGAAAGAAAUCUUAUCAUUAGCAAGCAGGAGGAACAUGAGACUGCAUGUGAAGGAGAUCUAAUCAUUAGCAAGCAGGAGGAACUGAUUCUGGAACAUGAGACUGCAUGUGAAGGAGAUCUUAUCAUUAGGAAGCAGGAGGAACUGAUCCUAAAACAUGAGACUGCAUGUGAAAGAAAUCUUAUCAUUAGCAAGCAGGAGGAAUUGAUCCUGGAGCAUGAGACUGCAUGUAAAGGAAAUCUGGAAAGCAUUCCAAAGAGUCCUGCUUUUCCAAACAAGGCUGACACAAUGGAGGCAAAUGAGGCACAGUGCAAAGCCAAGCUUCCUCCAAUCCCGCCAGCCGCUGAGGUCUGCUUCAGUGCUGAGAGUGAGUCAUCCGCUCUUGGAUUGCUAGAGAGCAGGAAAGGGCAAGAAGCAGACGCAGAGGCCAGUGACUCUCACAAAGGAAUGGAGAGGGAACAGAACUGUAUUGAGUAUUUUUCUGGCUCUGACACUGAUGUUUCCAUUCUUCCCCCUCCUAUUACAUCCCCAUACGAAAAUGCAAACCUCCUACUAGCUGUAGUCAAAAAUAGCGACAAAGUGCACUUGCAUACCACCGCUGUAGCUGAGGACACAGAGGCCUCUCCCCUCACCCACACUCCCCGCCUCGAAGGCCCUGUCACUCAAGACAAAGUCAAGGCAGAAAGCCCUGCUCUCAAGUCUGUUCAAGGUGGAACUCCUGAGGACCCACGUGAAGGCAUCAGCACCAUCUUAACCGCUGAGAGCGAGGAACCAGUCAAUCCAGUGGCAGUGCUUUCACUAGCUGCUCAGGAAGAUUAUAAAGAAGAGACCCCUCCUAUCGAGCAAGCCUGGCCAGACACACCACCGAGGAGUUCGGACUCCGACGGAGCGUUUGAGACCCCCGAAUCUACCACACCAGUCAAAGCCGCGCCUCAAAUCGUCCCUGAGCCAGGCCCCCUUCCACAGCUGAGCUCUGAAGAUACAGCGUUCCUGAUUCCAUCUUUGAGAUCACAGGACCACCCAGGGUUCUUCUCUGACACAGCCUCCGCAGCAGAUGUUUCUCAAAGUGAGUCGUUGUCCAAAAGCACCUUCCGCCCCCCCAGCCGUUCGUUCUCAUCCACCUUCGAUGAGGACAAGCCGAUAGCGAGCAGCGGGGCCUACAACCUGAGCUUAAUUGAAAACAGUGUCGAUCCGUUUCAAGAGUCCAUCUUGGUCUCGAAUUCCCCGGAACUGUGGAGCUCUGAGUGUAAGGAGAAAACUCGCAGGAAGUCGACAGAUGCCCUUCCCCUCUCCAAAUCAACCUUGACACGAUCCCUUAGCCUGCAAGCUGGGGAAUUCAAUGGGGCUUCCAAGGGAGAUUGUGCAGGAGCACCAGACGGAAAGUUUCAGGCCGAAGCCUUCAGCAUAGGAACGGAGAGCGCGCCUGGCACUCUUAAAAAGUCAAAAAAGCCAAGGUCUGCUUCUUUGAAAAAGAGGCCGCCAGCAAAACAGGUGGACAGUCCACCUGAAAUCCAAGCAGCUGAGGAGCUAGUCCCCGAGGUCUGUCCAGAGGUGAAAAAGAAGCAGCAAGUCAAACAAAAAAGAGAUAGUCUGCUUGAAAUUAAACCAGAGGAGAUAAUACAUGAAGUCAUUCCCGAAGCGACACAAACAAAGGACAGUGUGUCUGAGGAGAAAUUACUAACUGAGGCCAGCCCAGAAAUAUCUGUUAAAAAGAAAGUGCGAACAGAAGAAAUACCUGAGAGAUCUCUGGAAAUCAAGUUAGAGGAAAAAGAACUUGAGGCUACACCUGAAAUAUCUGUUAAAAAGAAACAGCAAAUAAAACAAACACCUGAAAGCUCUCCGGAAAUCAAGCUAGAGGAAAAAGAACUUGAGGUUUCAUGUGAAGUUUCUGUUAAAAAGAAGCCCCAGACAAAACUAAAAUCAGAGAGCCCCUCUGAAAUCAAACCAGAGGACAGGGUUAUUGAGCCUAGCCCAGAAGUAUGUGUUAAAAAGAAAGUCAAACAAAAGGGAGAAAGACCUCCUGAAAUUCAAGCUGAGCCUAUAGUACCAGAGGCCAGUCCAGAACCAUCCCAAUCCAGUGCAGAGGUAGUAACUAAGCAGGCAGAGAAGACUACGGUCCCUGUCCCAGUGGAGGCUGGUGCUUCAGGGAGUGUAGUAGCAGAUGAGGAAUCUCCCAUUCCUCCGAAAGCGUCGUAUAACUGGGAUCCAGAUAACUUUGAAGGGAUAGAUCCUUUCUGCACAGGCGGGAGCAAAGUACCCAACUCCCCCGUUGUCGCUAGGAAGAGCGUGGCCUUCACGGCUGUCCCGGAGUCGGCAGAGCCCGCUGCAGCUCGAGUGAGUGCGGAGGAGUCUCCCAUAGUCAAGCGGCAGUCUGUCAGGCUGGAGUUUGAUUACUCAGAGGACAUGGACAGCGGCGAAGCCCCACGAGAAAACACGCCUCCCCCAAAGAAACUGGGAAAGAAACCUGGCAUCAAGAUGCCUCUCAGAAAGUCAAAGAUUGGAAGCAAAAAGCCACCUCCGGUGGAGCCUUUAGACAAUACCCCUCCUUCACAGCCCACAGACUUUGAGGAGAUCCAUGUCCCCAAAGCUUCCUAUGACUUUGACCCUGACAAAUGGGAAGACCCCAACUUCAACCCCUUCUCCACCAGCAUCAACAUCCCAAACUCCCCGAAACUGCCUGCCUCCACCUACAACUUCGACAUGGACACAUUUGACGACUCUGUCAACCCGUUCAAAUCCUCAAACAAGCUUGGGAACUCUCCCCCGAAGAGCUCCGCCUCUUUUGAGGUGCCUGCCAAUGACAAUGAAACGAAUGGGCUGGAUGUAGCCAAUCAAAAUAAACCGUCAAAGAAGAAGAAGACGCCUUUAAAGACAAAUACUUUUAGGGUGAAGAAGUCUCCCAAGAGAUCACCUCUAUCUGAACCACUGUCACAGGAGUCCACCCCACUGGCUACACCAGAGGCUUCCCCGGUGAUACCUACGGAGGACCACGCCACCGACGAGGAGAAACUGGCCUCCUCUGUCACCAAUCAGAAGCCCUGGACCUACCAGGGAGUGGCCAAUGAGCUGGCAGAAGACCCUCAAGACUACCCGCAGCCCUCCGACCUCUCUGCGUUUGUGAACGAGAACAACUUCAAUUCCCCAACCAAGGAGCCGGACUGUGAUCCCUCCUAUGAAAUCGAAUACAUGGAGAAAAUCGGCUGCUCAUCCCCACAGCACUCUGUCAAUUCAGCCCAGAAGCCAGCAAUGUACCUGAAGCUUGACCCAGUGAAAGAGAGUGCCUCCAGAUCACCUCCUGUGAGGAUACCAGAGCCGCUGUCUCCAUGCUCAGGGUUGAGUUAUGACAAAGCGGACGUGCAGUUCUCCACCGGAACAAAAUCCGUGCACCCAGCUUUGAGAAACCUAGCUUCAAACCUGGAGAGCCGCUCGCCAUCCCCGGAGAAAUCAAAGCAGAAAGAAGUAGAGAUGCUGACCAUGAGCCCCCCUGAGGAACCUGUGGAUUCCGCUGACGUCCUGUUAGACAGACUCUCCCGGAACGCAGAGCCAGGGGAUGAGCUAGGCUACCUAGAGUCAGACCUGGCUGAGACCAACCCUCCAGUGUUCGCCCAGAAACUCCAGGAGGAGCUAGUGUUGGCAGCAAUGAGGAUAGAGGCCCUGAAGGUAGCCAGUCAAAUAGCCCACUCUUCUACUCCCCCCUGCUCCUUAAAUCCUGAGCAAAUGGAAACCUUGUCUCCGGAGGACGUUUCCGUUUCUAAAAGCGCACUGUACUCCAAGACUCCUGUGAGAGAAGGGGAUCAGGGUCCAUAUCACAAUCAAAGAGACCUCGAUUCAGCUCUUGGAAUCGCUAGGGAAGAGAUUGUUGACAAGGAGAGGGAGGUAGCCGAGUGGCAGAGGAAGUACGAAGAAAGCAGACAGGAAGUUGUCGAAAUGAGGAGAAUAGUUGCAGAAUAUGAGAAGACGAUUGCCCAGAUGAUAGAGGAUGAGCAGAGGGAAAAGUCUCUAUCUCACCACACCAUCCAGCAGCUGAUCCUGGAGAAGGACCAGGCCCUGGCCGACCUCAACUCCGUAGAGAAAUCCCUGGCUGACCUCUUCCGACGAUAUGAGAAAAUGAAGGAGGUCCUGGAUGGCUUCCGAAAGAACGAGGAGGUGUUGAAGAGGUGUGCUCAAGAGUACCUUGCCCGGGUGAAGAAGGAGGAACAGAGGUACCAUGCCCUUAAAAUCCAUGCGGAAGAGAAACUGGAUAAAGCCAGUGCUGACAUUGCCCAUGUGCGGUCUAAGGCCAUGCAGGAGCAGGCUGCCUAUCAGGCCAGCUUGAGGAAGGAGCAGAUGAGAGUGGAUUCACUGGAGAGGACCCUGGAACAGAAGAAUAAAGAGAUAGAAGAGCUGACAAAGAUCUGUGAUGAGCUCAUAUCCAAAAUGGGGAGGAGCUAACUGUCAACCAAAAUGUACGGAAUGGGGAGGAGCUAACUGCCAACCAAACUGUACAGUUUGCAUUUGAAAUCGGGUGCAAUAUAUACACAGGCACAUUUUAAUCGGUUUAGUUUAGUUUUUUUGUUUUAUUAGUGAGCGGGUAGAGAAGAGUUCACUGUAGACUUUUCACUGCACUACUGAAGACCAUAUUGUACUGUAGCACAGAAACCAAGGGCAGGAUUUUCAAAAAACAGUGUUACUGUAUCAAACUCCAAGUACAGUAACAAGAGCUUUAGUAGCAAGUGA